CUGGUCGUGUUUGUGAUAGCCAUAUGGGGGAAAAGAAGCAGCCCAUUCGUGCAGUUUCUACAUUUUUCAGAGGGUGUUGGAGGUUGCAUCGUCCCUCUUUUGGCAAACCCUUUCCUGGCGCCAACAAAAUAUGUAGACAUUGAAAAUAAUGGAACAUAUUCCAACAUGUCCAAUGCAAGUUCUGGACCAGACAAUGCAUCAAUGGUUGUGGAGACUACUGAAACUAACUUUCUCAUAAAUGAAAACAAUGAUAUAACGGAGUCCAGUGUCAAGUAUGCUUACCUUAUUGUAGCUGUGUACUGUGGAGUAGUGGGUCUGCUUUUCUUUCUUAUUGCUAUCAAAAUGAAAACAAUUCGUGCUUUGAGACAAGAUGCCAAAACACUGAACAAUGAGCAACCGACAGAGUCAACUAAGGCACCACUUAAUAAACGCUAUAGGGUCAAAAUGCUGUUCUUAGUGACUUUGAUCUUUUACGCACAUGGUGGAGUUCAAAUAAUCCUUAAUGGACUUAUAACGACUUUCUCCGUUGAAGAACUCCAAUGGACAAAAUAUCUUGGAACAGCUAUAGCGUCGGUUUCUGGAGGUGCAAUUACCCUUUCAUGUUUACUCGGAACUUUUGCAACUAAGAUAUUGUCCCAAUCCCAAAUGAUAUCAAUACAGCUAUCAACCAUGCUCUUGUCAAUGGCCACUAUGGUAGUGUUUGUUCAGAUGCACACUUAUGUUUUAUGGGUGACAGUCAUUUUUACUGGAUUAUCAAGUGGCAGUAUGAUGGCUUCAAUAUAUUCCUGGCUCCAAGAGAAUGUAAUGCCAGUAACGGGUAUAGUAGUAAGCUGCAGUGUGGUUGGUAAAUCAGUGAGUAUGAUGACAGUGCCCCUGUUGGCAGCUGCUCUAAUGGAGAACGUACAUUUCAUGUGGUUUACGUAUCUGCUACUUGGUAUUGUUGUUUUGUUGGGGGUGAUAGCCAUAUGCAUAUAUGCAUCUUUUAAAGUUCAUAUGAAUAACCAAAACGCACAAUGUGCUGUCGUGACAUAAAUCUUUCAUUUCCUUUUAAAAAGAUAACGCAGAUCGUUACGCAAAUACAAUACAGAAAACUCCCAUAUGACUCCUGGUUCAAAAGCUCGCCUAUUUUCAAAAUGGCCACCACUUUUGUCUCGCGAAAUUCACUUUUGACACAUUUCCUAGCUUUACAAAUAAUUUCAGGGGUCCUACAUUGUAAAAAUCCAUGUCAAUGUAAAGGGUAGAUAUAUGACAAAUAAUUUUGUUACAAAAAAUCAGCGAAAAAUUAUAUCCAUUUUUUUUGUUUUCAGCCAUUUUAGUUAACAUUGAUUUGUCUAUCUGACUCGCGAAAUCCACUCUCCGUCAAUAACAGUGGCACGUUUUAAAACCUCUGUCGAUAGGAUUCCUGUUUUAAGUUAUUUCUGUUCAACAUCAAUACAGAAAACUCCCCUAUGACCCCUGGUUCAAAAGCUCGCCUAUUUUUUCAAAAUGGUCGCCAUUUUUGACUCGCGAAAUUCACUUUUGACCCAUUUCCUAGCUUUACAAA